AAUGAAAAAGAGCCUUCUGUUGGGAUGCUUGAGCGACUGAUAGGCCAGGUAUGUAGCAGCACAGUCGAGACUUCAUUCAGACUGCGUGCCCAGAACAGAAGCGAUCUUCCUUCGCAAAGCUCGAGCGAAGUCUGACAGAAAUGGGACACCACGGGAGGAGACUUCACAGGCAGCGAGGAUCCACAGAAGUUGUCAAAGUGCUUGGUACUUAAACCGUUAAAGGAAAUUUCGUGAUAAAUUAAAUACGAUAAUGUGCAUUAAGUUUCUUAAGAUCAACUCCGACGAAUAUUCAAGAAUAGUGCACUAAUUACCAUGUAAUUUUAAAAUGCCGAUAUUUGACACUGUGCGAGAUAUAUGCAAGAAUUUCUGUAAUACAAAAGUGCAUAAAAAUAGUUUCAUCGACGCAAUAUUACGAACACAUAAAGGAACUUAAUCGAUGAAACAACCAAAUCGGACAAGAAAGUUGUGUUCCUUCAAUUCUAAAAUUAAAUUCUUAUGUUCGAUAUAUUUCAGCGACUUGUAUUUUCCAACCGGCUGAAUUAUCAAAUAAGAGAGAUAAAUAAUGUCUAAGAUCGGCCUAACUGGACUAAUGAACGAAUGACAAAAAAUUGUUACUUCCGGUAUUUGGUAUUCUCGCCGUCUUCCUGAGUUUGUGGAGAAUUAAACGGCUAUUUUAUUCAGACUGAGUGAAAAAAGUAGCUUUGCUUUAUCGUAUUACCACUUCUGAAUUUUCCAACAAAGAAUGAUUGUGUCAGCUAUUUAUAUUUAUUUGCAACGAAACUACAUUGCUUGUUUGUUAAGGAAUCUCAUCUAGGGACAUUUAUUUCAAUCUUAAGACACAAUCCAAAGCAACUCGUGCAGCUUUCAAACUAAAGCUGAUCAUUCAAUUACAGAAUUACAUUUAACUAAAUUCCAUCAGGGGUGUACAAGCCAUAAAACACUAAUAUUUCUACUAUUUGAUAUCACUUAAGUACAGUAAUAAACGUAAGCAUCAGCUAAAUAGCUGUGCUCAAACUGCCAUAGAUGCCACACUGUAGCUUGGAUAACGCUUACGUUAUAAAUUCACUUACUUCUGACCGCUAAAGACGUUUACAGUUAUUUUGGUUCACAUAUUUCUGAUAGAUAUUACAUGACGUAAAAAAGUACGACUGUCAAUUGUUUUGAGUCGUAAUGUGGUGGCAAAGUUCCGUCGUUCUUGCGCUGACGUCACUAACAUUUUGUACCUGGUUGUGGAUUGUCCACUUACCUCAAACAAACACUCAGGAUGUGAUCACAACAAACGUGCAAGUUAGUGUAAUAGGUGAGACAGUGGCCUACUCAAAAAUAUCCAAUAUUUCUACGAAACACCUAGUAAAAUCUACAAGCAAACCGUUCGGAAUGUCAGACGUUUUUAAAAGGAAGCAACGUCAUAUCGUGCCACGAUUUAUGUUGGAUUUGUACGAAAAAGCAACAGCUUCUAGACACAGCAGCAGCAUUGGCAGUGGAAGAUUUGCACCAGAUGUGGUAAGAGGUCUGACUCCAAGGACCGCAGCCUCUGUGCUGGAGCCUGGUGGCAAUCUCAAGGUGCCAGCUGAGGAUCGUCGUCAUCUACUAGUAUUCGAUGUCCCUAGUUCGAGUUAUGGUGAGACCCUACAGUCCGCAGAGCUGCGUCUACUGCUCACAACAACGAGCCAGUACCAGGACAUCCUCUCAUCAGACGAAGAUACAGGUCUGGAGCGGUUGGUGCACAUAUACAUGCUGACCGAGCAGGCCACGCUGCUGGAGUUGGAUGUGCGACACGUGUUCCAGAGGCACGGGGUUACGUGGCUGAGUUUCAACGUGACCGCGGCGGUGAGACGCCUCAUUCCACGCAUUCUCUUGAGGCUGUUGGUGCAUAUCCGUGCUACGUCACCACACAGUCAACUCGAUCUUGCACUGGUAGUAAGCCCCCAUGACGGCCCUCAGUUCCAGGAUCAGGACGUACAGCCCUUACUGCUGCUGUCGUAUUCCGCUCUCACGGGUGCACCACCACGAAGAACUCGGGGUAAAAGGGACACGGAAGAUUAUGAGGAAGAAAGUAACAACAUAUGGGAUGACGACAGGACCGCAGUCGCGACCGGACUACAAGCAAGGCGGACCAAGAGGCAGCGGAACACCUGCCGCAGACGACCGCUGUAUGUAGACUUCUCUGAGAUCCACUAUGACACGUGGAUUGUGGCUCCUAAUGGAUACGAGGCAUUCCAGUGCAUUGGCAAAUGUUUCUUUCCUGUGAGUGAACAUCUGUCCCCAACGAAACAUGCGAUUGUCCAGACUCUUUUGCAUAGUGUGGCCCCAGGCAAGGUGCCGCGGGCUUGUUGUGUGCCCACUCGACUAGAGCCCAUUUCUGUACUUUAUGUCGAUCAGAAUGGAAUUCUCACAUAUCGCUUCAGCUACCAGGACAUGGUAGUGGCCGAGUGUGGCUGUCGAUAAAGUCUGCGCAGUUUGUGAAAAUGAGGCAUAUAAAUUAAUAACAAAUUUUUGUACACUAUCAAAUUUUAUAUAUAAAGUUUUGAAAUAAACACCUUUCGUAGCUCCAGAAUUUUACCAUGAAGCACAAGAUACUGCCAAUAGUAUAAGUUAAAUCAACAUUUUGCUGUGAGACUCUCUGCUUUUCUACACAGAGUAUCCUUCUCUGGAAAGGAAAGUAGCAAGGGGAGAUGGUGUUUCUCAGAGUGUUAUCUUUGGCAAAAAUAAACAUUUAAAAUACUCAAAAACAAGGAAGAAUUUCAUAUGCCACAGCCAUUAACAUGUCUUCAUGCAUUUAAUGUAAAAAGGUGCUAUCACAUUCUGUCUAAUUUGAGCUACUUCACUUUUAAUAUUAGUGGAGAUAAACUGAUAUUGUAAUUUAUGUACAAUAAACUUAGAGAGGCCAUUCCUUAUUUAAGAAUUGUAUGUGUAGACAUGGAUUAUAUUUCAUUGAAAAACUCAA